GCCGCGCAUGCGGGGGGCGCCCGGUGCGCAGGCGCGGGGCGGGAGAUAGUCGAGCUGGUUCUCCUCCCCCUGCGCCCCUCCCCCGGCCAGACGGCAGAGGAUCUCGAGCGACAAUGAAGCAGGAGCAGCCGCAGACCCCCCAGCCGCAGCCGCCGCCCUCCGCCAGCGCGGGGGUCCCGGCCUUCCUCAGCAAGCUGUGGGCGCUGGUGGGCGAGGCUCCCAGCAACCAGCUCAUCACCUGGAGCCAGAAUGGCCAGAGUUUCUUGGUGUUGGAUGAACAGAGAUUUGCAAAAGAGAUUCUUCCCAAGUACUUCAAGCACAACAACAUGGCAAGCUUUGUCAGACAGUUAAACAUGUAUGGCUUCCGUAAAGUUGUCCAUCUUGAUUCUGGGAUCGUCAAACUGGAGAGAGAUGGUCCAGUAGAGUUUCAGCACCCAUAUUUUAAGCAAGGCCGGGAGGACUUGUUGGAACACAUUAAAAGGAAGGUUUCUUCUUCAAGACCUGAAGAAAACAAGAUACGUCAGGAAGAUCUCUCCAAAAUAAUAAGUAGCGCUCAAAAGGUGCAAAUUAAACAAGAGACUAUUGAAUCUCGAUUGUCUGCUUUGAAGAGGGAGAAUGAAUCUCUUUGGAGGGAAGUGGCAGAACUGAGAGCAAAACACUUGAAACAACAGCAAGUUAUUAGGAAAAUUGUACAGUUUAUUGUUACCUUGGUGCAGAAUAACCAACUAGUGAGCCUAAAACGCAAGAGGCCUCUACUUCUGAACACUAAUGGACCUACAAAGUCAAAUGUAUUUCAACAAAUCGUGAAAGAACCAGCUGACAGUAACCACCAUGUACCUCUAAACAGAAAUGAGGGCUUAAAACAAAGGGAACAGAUUUCAGAUGACAUCAUUAUUUAUGAUGUCACUGAGGAUGUGGGCGAUGAAGAAAAUCCCAUGGGUGAUGAAGAAAAUCCUCCUAUUACACCAGAAGCAAAUGAAGAUACCACUUCAGAUUCUUCCAACUGUAGUCAUUCUCCUGAUAUUGUAAUUGUGGAAGAUGAUAAUGAAGAAGAAUAUGCCCCUGUAAUUCAAGAGGAUAAAAGCACGGAAUCAGUUGCUGUCACAGCUAGUGAUCCCCUCAGCCCAGUCAGCGACAGUACAAGCCCACUCAUGUCAAGUGCUGUACAGCUGAAUAACCAGUCAACUUUAACUGCAGAAGAUCCAGUGUCAAUGAUGGAUUCUAUACUUAAUGAGAAUGGAGUCAUUUCACAGAAUAUAAAUCUUCUUGGAAAAGUUGAACUUCUGGAUUAUCUUGACAGUAUCGACUGCAGUUUAGAGGACUUCCAAGCUAUGUUAUCAGGACGACAGUUCAGCAUAGAUCCAGAUCUCCUGGUUGAUCUUUUUACAAGCUCCGUGCAGAUGAAUCCCACAGAUCAUAUCACUAAUGCCAAAAUGGAGACGAAGGGAAUAGAAACGAAGAAUAACGCUGGUCCAGAAGCUGCACAGGAAACACAAGUUUCUAAGCCCAAAUCAGAUAAGCAGCUCAUACAGUACACUGCGUUUCCACUCCUUGCAUUCCUCGAUGGCAACCCAGGCUCCACUGUUGAGAGCGGGAGCUCUGCAGCUGAAACUCUUUCCUCUGCUGACAAGCCCCUGGAAGUGGAUGAGCUCCUGGAGAGCAGCCUGGAUCCCGAGCCCACCCAGAGCAAACUGGUGCGGCUGGAACCGCUGACAGAGGCAGAAGCAAGCGAAGCAACACUGUUCUAUCUAUGUGAACUUGCCCCAGCACCCAUGGACACAGACAUGCCCUUUUUGGACAACUAAUGUCAUGGGGACUCUGUAUAUAGUCAUGAAGAUGAACUAUUUAUUUAGAAUGUUGUUUGGUAUAUGAGUUUUUUGUAUAUCACUGUUUUAUGUAACCAGGUAACGUGGAAUCUAAAAUACAUUUUCUAUGUUACUUCCUACAAGCAACCGUUUACCUGGUUAGACAAGCUGUUAGACACGGUUGGCAAUACCAAGUCAGACUGUUACUGUGCUGCUGUCAAAUACUUGGUAUUAUGCAUAUCGCUAACUAUCCCAGGUAACUGAACACUUGUUAAUAGUAAGCUUUAUGAUUUCUUAUACUUCUGGUCUUACAUAUGAUGACGUAAACCUGUAGUGUAUGGUUAGGGAGCACUGACUUUCUGUAUCUUGGGUAUUUUCUAUUUUUUACAACAUUUUGUUUAACAAACAUGAGGCUUUUUUGGGGUGGGGGGGACCAGGACCUGAUCUAGGCUUUUUUUUUCCCUGCUUGAACUGGGAUCAAAGUGCCUGUACCUUGCUGAUUUUUGGUUCUGCCUUACUUUCACUUCAGUGGAAGUGCUCACACAUAGCACAAACCGGGCAAGUUCUGUGGCCACCAGGCCCCUUGACUGCAUGAGUACUUUUAACUUGGACCAUCUACUCUGAUAUAAUAAAUGUUACUUAAGUGUGA